AUGUCUUCCCCGGCCAAGGCGAAGGAGGCGUUCUCCUCCUCGGACGAGGAGAGCCCCGGGGCCGAGGAGCCCCGCCGAGCCAAGGUCUUGCCUUUCAGCGUGGAGGCGCUCAUGUCCGACAAGAAGCCCCCCCGGGAGGCCGGCGCCGGCCUGGAAGGGGCCGCCGGCCCGGGGACGUCCCGGCCCCUGCUCCUGGCCGGCCACGCCGCCCGGGAAGCGGCCAGCCCCGGGGGGCUUACAAAAACCUUCGAGACCUCGUCGGUCAAGUCCGAGAACUCCGAGGACGGCUCGCCGUGGAUCCCGGAGGCUGGCAGAUACUCCCCGCCCCCGAGGCACCUGAGUCCCACAGCCUGCACCCUGAGAAAGCAUAAGACCAAUCGGAAGCCCCGAACACCUUUUACCACCUCUCAGCUGCUGGCUUUGGAACGCAAAUUCCGUCAGAAGCAGUACCUCUCCAUUGCUGAAAGAGCCGAGUUCUCCAGCUCUCUUAACCUCACAGAGACCCAAGUGAAAAUCUGGUUCCAAAACCGGAGGGCCAAGGCAAAGAGACUGCAAGAAGCUGAGCUGGAGAAGUUAAAAAUGGCGGCCAAGCCCAUGUUGCCUUCCGGCUUCAGCCUCCCUUUCCCCAUCAACUCCCCCCUCCAAGCCGCCUCGCUCUAUGGAACGUCGUAUCCCUUUCAUAGACCUGUGCUUCCCAUCCCGCCUGUAGGACUCUAUGCUACUCCUGUCGGAUACAGCAUGUACCACUUGUCGUAAGAAGAUUGGAAGGUGUUGCGGCAUUGCUAUAGACUUCCUGGUGGACCUCGGCCCAUCGAAGAGUGCAGU